AUGAACACCCAGCAGCCUCCGAACUAUUCCCCGGCUGCCCAGCAUCCUUCGAACCCCCCAAACUUCGCCCAGCAACAUCUGGGAUUUUCGCAGUAUGCCCAGGGACCAUUCGCUUCGCAGGCCGGAUCCUCAUUCCAGGCCUAUCAAGGCCAAGGCCACGCAACCGGCAACGAUCAGGGCCAUACAUCAUGGCAAUCCCUAAGACCACCCCAGGAGAUGCAGCCUCCCCGUGGCCACCAGCGUGCCAUAACAUACCCCGCCACCCACCCCAUGCAAAAUCAGUUUGGAGGAAAGCAGGAACAAGUCUAUCUGGCAGCUGCAUACGAGUUUGCAGCGAAUCGUUCGGGAACACCCAGCGCCCAACAGGGCAAUGCCGCUCAAUACGACACAGGUCUGCGUAGACCCUCUGACGCUCUCAUGACGGAUGGCCCGAGACGCCCUGAGACGCCCUGCGUCUCCGAUGCCUCCCGCAUCGAUACCCUGCUCGAGAAAUUUAAGGACGAUUUGGGUUUGAUUUGUAGCGACUCGGUGCUCAAGGUACGCAAGCACCCGCAAGAAGCAUUCAACCAGAUCAAGGUCCUUCGGGACACCUUUGAGGGUCUUGUGGGAGAAUCUGAGGCCGUUAUGCACAGCAUCUCGAACUUUCCUCGCAAUGAGUGA